AUGGCGCCGGAGCACGAUCUCGGCCCACGCCUGAAGGUUCAAGCUUCGAGACGAUACGGGGUCCCGCGGCCGCCUCUGCCUCGACAGCCCUGCCUCGCAACCUUGGUCCCCAACGCCAAAUGGGAACAGGGUCGGGAACGUCCUGGCAAAGAAGGACGCCUCAAAGGAAUCGGUAAACUCACCCCGCGAAACCCGGAUGUAUGGCUCACAACCACCGUCGCCACGCCCCGAACCCCGGCUAGGGACCCGACCCACGCUCUGGCCCGCACGGCCGUCGUCGGCACCUUCACCAACAGCGUCACAGGCAAACUGCAGCUUCUCCACGUCCGCGACGUCUGGCGGUCCGUCGAGCGCGAACAUGCCAGAAGACGUCACCUCGUUGAUCGCUGGAACGUUCUGGUCGGGGCAGGCGUCACUUCCAUCGCGAACCGCGCCUUCUCCGUUGGGCCCGUGACCUUCACCCUGGCCGCCGGCUUCUUGUCCUUGGUUGAGCAGGGCGAAGAGCUCUCGAUCUCCACCGGCCCUCCUCGUCCACGGCGCGUUCCGUGGGCGGCACAACGUGCGCCGUCCGCGCUUUCUCCCACCCAGACGGCUCGUUCCGCUCCAUACGAUCGCACACCGACGACGGUACCCCGUGUAUCGAGUCUCCCAGCUCUCCAUCUCCGCCGCGUCGAUCUCGAUCUCGGCGUAGUGGGGUUGUUCCGCUUCAGCCAGACAAGGGCCCUCUCGACCACCCGCCGCCUCACCGACAAGAGACUCGACAGGUCGCUCGGUGCCGGCUUCUCCGCGCCCUGCCACGAGAUGUGGAUCUCGUCCAGUGCUUGCAAAGGGGGUGCGGGAGCACUUGGUGGCCAGCUCCUGCACAUUGUUCGGAAACACUGUGAUGUGGCCCUGACAUGCCUCGGAUACUUCACGCUCUGUCUCUGCCCGCCCGGAAUGCUAUAUCUCGUGACAAACCCGUAA